AUGCAGCACGUUAGUCGUGACGAUUUUUUUUACAUUUUCACAUACGCCCUUCCUACUGCUCCCAAAUAUGUCUUUCAUACUGCUCCCAAAUACGCCCUUCCUACUGCUCCCAAAUACGUCCUUCCUACUGCUCCCAACCACGCCUUUCCUACUGCUCCCAAAUACGCCCUUCCUACUGCUCCCAAAUAUGUCCUUCCUACUGCUCCCGAAUACACUUUUCAUAUAACUCCCAAAUACGUCCUUCCUACUGCUCCCAAAUACGUCCUUCCUACUGCUCCCAAAUACGCCCUUCCUACUGCUCCCAAAUACGCCCUUCAUACUGCUCCCAACCACGCCUUUCCUAUUGCUCCCAAAUACGUCCUUCCUACUGCUCCCAACCACGCCUUUCCUAUUGCUCCCAAGUACGUCCUUCCUACUGCUCCCAAAUAUGUCCUUCUUACUCCUCCCAACCACGCCUUUCCAACGUCUCCCAACCACGCCUUUCCUACGUCUCCCAAAUACGCCUUUCCUACUGCUCCCAAAUACGCCUUUCCUACUGCUCCCAAAUACGUCCUUCCUACAGCUCCCAUAUACGCCUUUCCUACUGCUCCCAAAUACGCCUUUCCUACUUCUCCCAAAUACGCCUUUCCUACUGCUCCCAAAUACGUCCUUCCUACUACUCCCAAAUACGCCCUUCCUACUGAUCCCAAAUACGUCUUUACUACUGCUCCCAAAUAUGUUCUUCAUACUGCUCCCAAAUACGCCCUUCCUACUGCUCCCAAAUAUGUUCUUCCUACUGUUCCCAAAUACGUCCUUCCUACUGCUCCCAAAUACGUCUUUCCUACUGCUUCCAAAUACGUCCUUCCUACCGUUCACAAAUACGUCCUUCCUACUGCUCUCAAAUACGCCUUUCCUACUGCUCCUAAAGACGUCCUUCCUUCUGCUCCCAAAUACGUCUUUCAUACUGCUCCCAAGUACGUCCUUCCUACUGCUCCCAAAUACGUCCUUCCUACUGCUCCCAAAUAUGCCCUUCCUACUGCUCCCAAAUACACCCUUCCUACUGCUCCCAAAUACGUCCUUCCUACUGCUCCCAAAUACGCCCUUCCUACUGCUCCGAAAUACACCCUUCCUACUGCUCCCAAAUACGUCCUUCCUACUGCUACCGAAUACGCCCUUCCUACUGCUCCCAAAUACAACCUUCAUACUGCUCCCAAAUACGCCCUUCUUACUGCUCCCAAAUACACCCUUCCUACUGCUCCCAAAUACGCCCUUCCUACUGCUCCUAUAUACACCCUUUCUACUGCUCCCGAAUACACAAUUCCUACUGCUCCCAAAUACGUCCUUCCUACUGCUCCCAAAUACUUCCAUCCUACUGCUCCCAAAUACGCCCUUGCUUUUGCUUCCAAAUACGCCCUUGCUACUGCACUACAACCUUUGCGCACCUUUGCGCACGACCACUAA